AUGAAGAUAGCAAACAAAAAUGUUCCUGUGAUGCUUGCAAAGACAAAUAUGUCCGAUUAUCAAACUUAAAAGCGCCAUCAUUAACUCAACGAGUCAACAAAACUGCAGUGGCAGUGAUAAUAGGAUGGAUUUUAUUUGGAUAUUUGACAUACAAAGUAUCGACCGUAGAGGUUGAUAUCGAAGUGUGGGAUCCGUAUGAGAUUUUGGGGAUUUCAGAGGGGGCAUCAUCAGAUCAGAUAAAAAAGGUUUACAAAAAACUUAGUUUACAAUGGCAUCCUGAUAAAGCUCCCGAAGAUCAAAAAGCGGAACAUGAGAUAAAAUUUAUUGACAUUACGAAAGCGUAUAAAGUAUUGACAGAUGAUGACAUUCGAAAGAACUAUGAGGAAUGGGGUCAUCCUGAUGGGAAACAAG